CUUCGCGCGUGAUUAUCUCCACCUUCUCUCUCUGUUCUAAUAAAGCGUAAACAACUCGUACAAGUUUCUCUCUCACCAACUAUCACGAAGAAGAAGAAGAUGGAGUUCAUUUCUCUGUGCCUUCGAUUCAUUCAUUGAUGCUCCUUCUCUGCAAAUCUCACCCUCUUCUUCUUCUCCCAUUCCCUCCUCUUCAAAUCAAUAAGGCAAGGGCCAUUCAGUUAUAGUUUGUUUGGAAAUGGAUUCAGAAGACAAAUUACUUGCUAAAGGAGUUUUCAUGUUGUCGGCCAUAGCGAUGCUUUCCUGGUGUGAAAUCUUUUAAGACAUCUCUCUCUUUUUUCCCAGUGGUGGGGAGGUUCUGGAAUCUGGUGUUUUGAGUUUCUGGUGUUCAAAGCCUUUCUUCCAGUGUGCACAGUACUCCACAGAAAAAUGGCCAUUCAGAUGAUGCUUCAAGAAGUUCAGAACUCCUUCAGGAGUUCCUGAAAUGUGGUUCAAAGAAGGAACUUCUUCGAGCGUGCUCUGAAAAGAACAAAAAGAACAUUUCAUCAAAAAACAGGAUGACUGAAACUAAGUCAACUGGUAAGAUUAUUAAAAAACAAGAUACAAAAAAGGUUUCUAGUCUCAGCCAUCAGCCCUCCAGGAAGCAACAUCGGAAGGGUGAAAACCCCACACGUCUCGUACCUCCUCCUGAUCAAUCUUCUGAUUUUGGACAUUCAAACACUUGGGUCUGUAAAAAUGCUGCUUGUAGAGCAGUUUUAUCUAUAGAUGAUGCGUUUUGUAGACGAUGCUCUUGCUGUAUUUGUCACCUUUUUGACGAUAACAAGGAUCCUAGUCUUUGGUUGGUUUGCACAUCUGAAUAUGCUCAAGGGGACUCGUGCGGGUUGUCUUGCCAUAUCGAGUGUGGCCUUCAACAUGAAAAAGUGGGAGUUAUUGAUAAUGGGCAACUGAUGCAACUAGAUGGUGGUUAUUGUUGUGCAUCCUGUGGUAAAGUCACAGGGAUACUUGAAUGCUGGAAGAAGCAGCUAAGUUUAGCAAAAGAUGCCCGCCGUGUAGAUGUACUUUGUUAUAGGAUAUAUUUGAGUUACAGGCUCUUGGAUGGAACUUCGAAAUACAAAGACUUGCAUCAAAUAGUACAAGAGGCAAAGACUAAAUUGGAGACAGAAGUUGGUCCUGUUAAUGGGGUUUCUGCCAAGAUGGCACGAGGCAUUGUCAGCAGACUGCCUAUUGCCGGUGAUGUACAGAAACUCUGCUCUCUUGCUAUUGAAAAAGCUGAUUGCUGGCUGGCCAUUGCUCCAACUGUAAAUCCAGAUUACAGAGAGGGUUCACUUCCUGCUGCUUGCAAGUUUGUUUUUGAAGAGACAACAGCCUCAUCCGUCACAAUCAUUCUAAUUGAAAUGUCAAAUGUAUGCUCUGAGGAAAUCAAGGGGUACAAGUUGUGGUAUCACAAGAGUAGGGAUGAAUCACAUUCAAAAGAUCCUGUUUCUGUGUUUCCUAAAUCUCAGAGGAGGAUUUUGAUAUCUAACCUUCAGUCCUGCACAGAAUAUACUUUUCGGAUCAUAUCCUAUACUGAAACAGGUGACCUUGGUCAUUCGGAGGCUAAGUGUUUUACGAAGAGCGUCGAGAUAAUUCAAAACAAUCCAUCUUCAUCUGUUGCUAUGAAUCUAAAGAAAGAGAACCUUCAAACAGGGGGCAAUUCUUCUGGCUCCAGGAAGGAGUUCAAUCCCACAAUAAAUGGUACUGGAUUUAAAGUUCGAGACCUUGGGAGAUUUUUGCGUCUUGCUUGGGCUCAAGAACAAGGUCACCUUGAAAAGCUUUGCUGUGCUGAUAUUAAAAAAUGCUGUGCACAAAGUGAAAUGAACAAGCCAAAAAUUCCAGAAGCACAGUUGCCUUCAGAUUCACGAGGCCUUGAUUUAAAUGUUGUUUCAGUGCCUGAUUUAAAUGAAGAGCUAACACCUCCUUUUGAGUCUUCCAGGGAUGAAGAUAAUGGUUGCACUUUGCUGCAGGCUGUUGAGGCAGAUGAUGAUGCUGCUUCUCAUGAUCUAGAGAAAAAUGGUUUUGCACGAUCACAUGGGAGUGGUGGCUCCCAAACCUGGGUGCACGGGCCAACUGGUGAAGUUUCAACUGUCGACUCUCGCGCAAAUAUAUGCAGGAAAAGGAUAGCGAGCACAAAUGAAGAGACACAUGAUUGUGACAGCACUUUGAUAAAUGGUUCUCCUGUACGCAUUUCCGAUGUUUCAUACUCCUUGGAUGAGAACUUUGAGUAUUGUGUGAAAGUAAUUCGUUGGCUAGAAUGUGAGGGUCACAUCAAGCAGGAAUUUAGGUUGAAAUUGCUAACAUGGUUUAGUCUACGGUCGACAGAGCAAGAACGCAGGGUGGUUAAUACCUUUAUUCAAACUCUAAUAGAUGAUCCAAGUAGUUUGGCAGGGCAACUUGUUGACUCUUUUUCUGACAUUAUAUCCAGCAAGAGACCAAGAAAUGGAUUCUGUAGUAAAGCUGUUGCAUCAAAUUAAGGGCAUUUUUUAAUUAAUCACCUUUGAAGGGAUUCAUUUUUAUUGCAGACAAGUUUUUGUCUUGCUAAAAGGAUCGGCAUUGAUGAUCACAGAAACAGUAAGUCAUUUUUCCUGGGAGGGAGGAUCUUUGGACGUGAAGUUUCAGGACGUGGAAGGCAUUGCAUUGGGCUAUUACUUAAAUUACUGCAAUUCUUUUCAGUAAUGAAUUUAAAUAUUUAAUCCCUUAAGAUAUUAGAAUUUAAUCUUUCUUAUCAUGACCUUUAUUUGAAAAAGGUACAUGAUUGAAUUGCUGAUUUCAUUCAUACCUGUAAUUCAUCUGUAAUCUUUGUUUUACCCCACACUGUUGCGCAAAUGAAAAUGCUUGCUUCAAUACACUGGGGUUUGCUGUGACUUUCGAGAUGAAGCGUUUACCUAAUAUGGAUGCAGCCUGUGUUUAUUCA